AUUAGUUUGUUUUGUUUUUUAUUUGAGCUUCAAAAAAUUUGUAAAAUUAUUGUAAAAUUCUUAAAAUUAUAAAAUUUCUAAUUAAAAAUGUCUGUCAAAAUUAAAAAACAAAAGAAAGUUAAGACCGGUGUAAACAAAACCCAGAAAAAAUUAAGUACAACUACAAAUGUAAACGAAACAAUUGUAAGUGAUAAAGAAGAAGAGGAAACUAUGGAGGAGAAUCUUUCUGAAAAUAAUGAAAAGUCCAAUGAGGAAGAAGUAGAUGAUGGUACUGGCUUGGCUCAUGAAAGUUCUAUGGACGAAGAUGAUGAAAUAGAUUUGGGUAGUUUACGGAAAUCUGGUUUGGAUAAACCAAAGAAGAAACGCAAGAAGGGAAUUAUUUACAUAUCCAACAUACCCAAACACAUGAAUGUUACCCGCAUCAGAGAAAUUUUGGGGGAAUAUGGCAAAAUAGGUCGUGUGUAUUUGCAACCGGAAAAGCUGCCGGGAGGUGAUGACAAAAAGAAGAAAAAACGUAAGCCCUUUGCCCGCCAUUUUACCGAAGGUUGGGUAGAGUUCGAAUCGAAACGGGUGGCCAAACAAAUUGUACCUUUAUUAAAUAACAAACAAAUUUCCACACGUAAAAAAUCACAAUUCUACGAUUAUCUAUGGAGUAUGAAAUAUUUACCUCGCUUCAAAUGGUGUCAUCUUACCGAACGCAUGAACUACGAACAGGCCGUACAUAAACAACGUCUCAUGACAGAGGUAUCACAGGCACGCAAGGAAACAACAUUCUUCCAAAAUAAUUUGGAUAAAAGUGAAUUUAUUAAGAAAAAAGAAAAGAAUAAACAAAAAAUGGAAGCGAAAAAGUUAAAGAAACAACAAGAGGAGAAGUGUAAAUAAUAAGGAAAUAAAAACAAAUGUUAAAGUGAAUAUUAAAUAAGUGAAUCAAACAAUAGCAUUACUGCAAACAAACUAGA